AUGGGGCCCAAAACUGUUGACGAUACCCAAGUGCGACCAGAAUGCAAUUACAAAAUGAAUGGAUCAAAGUGCUUUUUCUGGAAUGAAACUGCCCAGAAAAAUGAUGAAUGUAGUGAUUUGCCAGAAUGCUCACAAAUUCCCGAGCAUAAUUGCAGUUGCCCGAUAAUUAAUGGAGUAGGAUUCUGCUAUCAAGAUGCACAAAAUCUCACUAAUUCAGUUACAACACGUGGCACAUUCAAGCUAAAUGGAUCAUGCCCUGAUGUAUCAGAAUGCCAAGAGAAUUUUACAACUUUGCUUGCCAAAUCCUUCAGCAUAUUGAAUGGGUUCCAGUGUGUCAAUAUAACGGAUAUUAGGAAUGGAAGCACCAUUGUGGAAUUUCAACUCAACAUCAAUGGAGAAUUAAAAUCUGAACGUUUUCUAAGUCAAUCCAAGGAUGCAAUUUCUCUGAUCAGUGAAGAUGCUAUGAAUACCUUGGAUCUGUGCAUUGAAGGACUUCUGAAGAUAGAAAUCUCUCCUUCGGUUGUUCAAUAUAAUAAAAAAGUAACACUGACCUGUACCAUUAAAGACUUAGCUGAAGGUUCAAAGUGGUCCAUCAGGGCACCAAAAGAUGAGAAAGAUGCACCCAUUUCUAAACGUCUCUAUCAAUUUCAGAAAAGCAAUGAACAAUCUACAAGCAAAUUUGAAGUACGUGCAACUUCAAUUUGGGAAGGAACUUAUACCUGUACUCUGACUUUUGAAAAUGGAGUAAUCAAACAAAAAGCAUAUUCUAAUGUAAAAGUCCAUCUUCUCCCUGAGGAAAUAGUAGUUAAACCAUUAAACUACACAGUGAAUGGAAAAACAGAAAAUAUUAAGUUUCAGUGCUGUAUCAAGAACGACGAUGAAAGCUAUCAUGUUUCAUUGAAACAAGAUGGUAACACUGAUGAAACAGUAAAUUGCCAUCAAAAUGAGACAGAUGGAGAAAACACGUGUUGGAAAGUUCAAGUGAAUUCAACAGAAAAUGAUACUCACUAUGACUGCAUAUUUAAAAAUAAUGCAAAUCAGUGGAAAAGUGCAAAAUUCUCUAUUUAUGUCCUAAAAAAGAAUGAUAAAACAUGCAGAGAGGAGAUGACGAGUGAGUACCAUUGGAAAAGUACCAAAGCCAACUCGUUUAUGGAAGCUAACAAAUCCUGUACAGAGGGAAAUGUUGGGAAAAUAUUAAGAUUUUGCAAGGAAGAUGGCAAGUGGGAUGACGUGUUUAAAAACUGCACAUCAAAACGUUUGCUGAAAUUAUUGCAUAUGGCAACGGAGAUCAAGGAAGGACGUGGUAAUGUGACAGAAGUGCUGACAGAAGUGUUGAUAGGAUUACGGAAUAAUUUAAACGGAAAUCUGACAAACAGGGAGAUUUCUAAUCCAGACUCUCGAGUUUCUGUUGACAUUCUAAAUACACUUUCCGAAACCUUAAAGAAAGAAGACGAAGACAUUUCUUGCCAAAAUCUUAAAGAUUUCCUUAACACUUCAAACAGAAUUCUUCUUCAGAAAACAGAAAAUAAUGACACAGAUCCAAAUUCCAAUACAUUACUGAGGUCCAUUGAAACAUUUACUGAAGCUUUACAGCCCGACACUAAUGUGUGCGACAGUGAAGAAAUGGAUCAGAUUAAAAUAAGUACAAAACAAUUUAAUGCUAGUUCUACGAAUUUUAGCUUCACGGUAGUUCCUAAUGGCUCUACUACAAUAAAUCUAGCUGGCUGGAUGGCACAGGAUAAUGUCACUUUCCAAGUAUUGAGUGUUCAGUAUAGAGAUUUGGACAGGAUUUUAAUUCCAAAAAGAGAAGAAGCAGAGCAGUCAAAAAAGCACCAGGAGGUGCAAACCAAUAUUUUAACAAUAACAGUGAAGGUCAUCGGAAACCAGAGCCUACCGAAAAUCCCAAGCAUUACAAUUACAAUCCCUCCAAAAAAUCCACAAGCUGAUCUGAACACUGCAAGGUGUGUAUUCUGGAAUUUUAGUUUCUCCAACAAUCAAGGAGGCUGGUCAGAUGAAGGCUGUAAGUCCAAGAGGAUUGGGGAUAAAAUACGUUGCAUGUGUAACCACUUAACAUCCUUUGCUGUGCUAAUGGCAUCAAAGGAAAGAAAAAUCCCAUUUAUUGAAGAAUUGACCUACAUAGGAUUAAGCAUUUCCAUUCUAUCACUGUUAAUAUGGAUCAGUAUUGAAAAAAUGAUGUGGAACUCAAUUACUAAAACAAGCAUUGCCUAUUCCCGGCACAUUACUCAGAUUAACACUGCUAUUGCUUUGUUAUUUGCCCAGAUUUCAUUUGUAUUUGGUGCAAUUGACUUUGUUAAAAAAGAUAACUCACUUUGUACAAUGGCAACAAUUUUCACUCAUUUUUUCUUUCUCUCAAUGUUCUUUUGGACAUUAAAUCAAAGUCUAACUCUCCUCCAUCAGAUUAUCUUUGUUUUCCAUCACAUUAGAAGGGUACCCUUUUUGUCAUUUUGUUUCAUCAUCGGCUAUGGUUGCCCAUUGGUAAUAGUAACUGCUGUAGCCUCAGCAUUCCUGAAGAAAAGCAAUUAUACGAGAAAAAGUAACUGUUGGCUAGAGUAUACUCCAUCCUUAUCGUUCAUCAUUCCAGUUGGAUGCAUUGUUGGCAUCAAUAUGAUUAUCCUGACAAUAGUCAUUCUGAAAUUGCUGAGGCCAAAUAUUGCGGAAGGAUUAAUGGAGCAGGACAAAAAAACAAUUAAAAAGAUCAUUAAAGCUGUCCUUAUUCUCACUCCAUCUUUUGGAUUGACCUGGAUCAUUGGAUUUCCCAUGCAAGACGAUCCUCAUGAUUUUCUGCAAUAUGCAUUUGUUUUGUUAAACGCAUUUCAGGGCUUCUUUAUGUUAGUAACUGCAGGAUUCACAGAGGCAAAGAUACGGGAAGCAUUCUUUAAACAUUUCAGGUCAAUGGUCUCCCGAAGUACAUCCGAGAAUGUCUCAACAAAGCAAUCCUUUCAAUCAACCACAAAGUAUAAGUGAAAUUGAUAAUGAAGAAUGGAAAACAAGAAAUUCUACAGCAAAUCAUUUACUCAUGUCUUUGAUGAUUAUCUUAGUACAGUUCUUAAUAAAAUUUUUAGCUUCUGUAUGUACCAACCUUCUAAUAUGGUUUUUGUUAACUAUAUAGUAUUUCAAAACUAGGAAUGAAACAAAAUGUCAAGCAUUAGUUAACUUUGGUUUAUUUAAGUAUUGUUUCCAAGAUGAGUUUGAAAUUGUUGUUUGGUUUAUCUUUCAUCAUAUUGUAUAUUUAACUGUUAUAACUCAUUGAGAAUAGAAGCAUAAAAUGACUUCAGUUACAUUACUGGUGUCUGUGGAUACAUUUAUUCCCCACACUAAAAUGCACCUGAGAAUUUGGUGAUGACUCCUUAAUCAUGCAGAUUGAAACAAAACUCUUUUCACUAGUGUUGACUAGUUAAA